ACGUUUCACCCCUUUACGUCUUAGACGGGGCUAAUGUAAUUGGCCAUGUACCCUACGCCAGUUUCAACUCCGAAAUAAUAAGGCCUGGUUUGCAUAAGAGGUAAAAAAGACCAGGAAAGAGAGGGGAGGGGGGCAAAAAAACAUGAGCAAACCGUGCAUCUUACUCCCUCGGCCCUUGCUCUCGCCCGGAUUGCUUCCUCGUUGUGGUCUCUUCUCAAAGAACGCAAACCCACUAUAUCUUCACGGUGGAAGCUCUCGUGCAUUUUCUCUAGCUAUGGUCAAACUGACGGUACCAACAAUAAACCCAACUCGUGUUCUGUACAAGCCUAUUGAAGAUGUGGAAAGAAUGAAAUACUAUCAGCCUGGUGGCUAUCACCCAGGGACUAUCGGAGAUCGUCUCCACGAUCGCUAUCGGGUUAUCCAUAAGCUUGGGCAUGGGACAUACUCGACGAUUUGGCUGGCCCGAGAUUAGCGAUCUCGCAUACACGUUGCCGUGAAAGUCUGUACGGCAUAUUCGAACCCGCCCGAAAUUGACGUCAUCUCGGAACUCUCGAAACCUCCCUUGUUAUCAGACAUAGGCAGAACUAUGAUCCCCUCAAUCCUGGAUAAAUUCAACAUUCAAGGCCCAAAUGGUGAACACAUCUGUUUGGUGACUAAGCCGGCCAGGGUGAGUCUUUCUGAUCUUGGAUCAGCCUUUUCCAGCUUGAAGUGGCCCGAGUCGUAGCCGCGCAGCUUGCGAUUGCUAUCCAUUAUAUCCAUUCACGGGGCUUCGUCCAUGGAGAUCUUCAUCGCGGAAACAUCCUACUCCAACUGCCCCGUGACUUUGAUCAGUUAUCCACAAAAAAGCUAUACGAGCAGUAUGGGGAGCCGGUCCUUGAACCAGUCAAUCGUCUAGACGGCCAAACGCUCCCACCA